GUAGUCUUGGCAACACUUCUUUCAUGGUCUGGUACUCUCAACAUCAAUAAAUGAACCUGUGACUUUACUACCAGCACCAUUAGUCACAAGACUCACACUGAUCAACUACAAAUAUCAAAGAUAUUUUUUUUGUAAAAAGGAUUAUUGUCACAACUUUUAAUUCCUGAAAAUCGAAACUUUUUUUAUCAUAUUUGUAUAAGAGUAGUUUCCCAUGGAUAUGACUGAACGGGUUGAUGUUAUGAGCUGUGAUCACACCAAUCUAAAUGGUUAUCAUCAGGACGAGAAGUCUCCUGCCCUUCCCAGACGUUUAACGGAUCUCAUGUUUGGUUUUUGUGCUUCGCAGGCCAUGUUUGCUGCUUGUGAGGUCGGGAUUUUUGAUGCUCUUCACGAUGCUGGUCGUCCACUUUCCGCUGCAGCUCUUUCCCAGAAACUUUCCAUCAACAACGAUGCCACGUGCAGAAUUCUCGAUGCUCUGAGUUGCAUGGAGCUCCUCAAUAAACACGAGGAAGGAACAUAUAGUAAUACGAGCAUUGCUACAAAACACCUUACAACGACAAGUCCGCACUCAAUCAACUGUUCCAUGGCAUUUGGUAACAAUGUUCUUUAUCGUCUGUUUGGGAACCUAACUUGGGCGGUUCGGGAAGGAACUAAUCAAUGGAAUAGAUCGUUUAACAAAAGUUCUGCUCGCGAUUUCUUUAAGGAGAUCUUCGAUAACGAGAAAAGUUGUAUCCGAUUCAUGGAAGGGAUGAGAGGGACUUGUAGGCCGGCGGCCAAGGCAGUCGUGACAGCGUUCAAUUUGUCAGGCUAUCAACACAUGUGUGAUCUCGGAGGAUGCACUGGAGACAUAGCCUACGCAGCCUGCACCGCCUACCCCGACAUGAAAAUCACUGUCCUGUGGAGGUAUUCUUAUAGGAGAAUCGAUGUUGAAGGAGGACAAGAGUGGACCGGUAUAUACCCAGUUUAUGUCACUGUUAAUGCUUGUGAUUGCUGACAGAGGUGCAACCGAGAGAACUGGGAAGGAGUAUCGACAGUUACUGGAAAAGCACGGUUUCAAAGAUGUYCAAAUAGGUCUUGCUCACAAUUACAUAUUUGACGCCGUCUUGGCAAUCAAACCGUAAUAUACCACGGCAGAAUUUCACAUGACUUUACAAGUUUAAUAUUACUUGGGACACUGUACAAAAUGAGGUGGAUAAAGCACUGAAUCCAUUGCCUGAUUUCAUACAGUUGGACUGGUUUUGCAAUGUAUCAUGGGAUAUAUAUCUCCUUUUUUUCAUCAAAACAAAUCGAUAAAAUCGUAAAAACACUAAUUAGUUUCGAUUUUUCCACAGAUCGGACAAAAUAUGUUUCUUUUCA